AUGCAACCUCUUCCAUUAUCCCCGUUACUCGCUGGUCUCUGUAAUGGAUUUCUGGCAUCUUAUUGGGAAAUUUGGGCUCAUCAUCUGAUUUCAUUCCUCACAUCUUCAUUUGUCGCUCAAAUAGAAUGUCUUGUAUUCUGUUUCAUAAGGAAGCAUCAAUCAAUUGCAAAACUAUCAUAUCGGCAUGUCAUAACGGAUAUUUGGUAUGUUUUCGGAACGAUUAUUGCUGUUUUCCUACCGAUUUUUAUUGGAUUACUGUUCAAUCAGUCUGGAAUGAGGAGAGAAGAACAGAUGGAUUAUGUGAGAGACAACCUUCCACAGUACAAAUCUGGAUUCGAAAGCCUCCAAAAUUUUGUGAUCUACUCUGCCAACCCUUGUCUCAUAGCAAUGCUUGGUAUAACUUUCACUGGAGGGUUACUCUGUGGAGCACUAUUUAUACUUCUUACUCUCGACAUGCUCAAAAUGCUCAAAGAGAUUCAACGGAAGGUUUCUGUCGUCAACUUCAGAAGAUAUAAAAUUGCGGUAACUAGCUUAUUGGCUCAGUUUUUGUCUUCAUUCCUAUUAUCUGUUCCUUUAUUUUUCUUCCUUGUUCUGGCUGCUAGUCAAAUCGAAAAUUCAAAUGGAACAGCGAAAUUUCUGGUUUCAAUUAUGCCAUUUUAUUCACCAGUUAACGCAUUGGUCCUGGUUUUCACUACUCCGCCAUAUAGGAAUUUCGUUCUUCGGUAA